UCAACGGCCAGGCCACGGUCACACUGCUCCGGUUUCGAAUCUGUUAACCAGUUUUUGUUAAAAGCUUACUUAAGUAAUUGGUAAUCACCGCUUUUCGCAGCCACAACACAACUCGGCAGAAUGAUCAAGAACGCAGUAUCCCUGGUGACCGGAGGAGCCUCUGGACUGGGUCGCGCCACCGCCGAACGGCUGGCCAGGCAGGGCGCCAGCGUGGUCCUGGCCGAUCUGCCCUCGUCCAAGGGCAACGAGGUGGCCAAGGAGCUGGGCGACAAGGUGGUCUUUGUGCCCGUGGACGUGACCUCCGAGAAGGAUGUGAGCGCCGCCCUGCAGACGGCCAAGGACAAGUUCGGUCGGCUGGAUCUGACGGUGAACUGUGCGGGCACCGCAACGGCGGUCAAGACCUACAACUUCAACAAGAACGCGGCCCACCGGCUGGAGGACUUCCAGCGGGUGAUCAACAUCAAUACGGUGGGCACGUUCAAUGUGAUUCGCCUGUCGGCCGGUUUGAUGGGUGCCAACGAGCCGAACCAGGAUGGACAGCGUGGUGUGAUCGUGAACACCGCCUCGGUGGCGGCCUUCGAUGGCCAGAUCGGACAGGCGGCCUACUCCGCCUCCAAGGCGGCCGUGGUGGGCAUGACCCUGCCCAUUGCCCGCGACCUGAGCACCCAGGGCAUCCGGAUCUGUACGAUUGCACCGGGUCUGUUCAAUACCCCCAUGCUGGCUGCGCUGCCGGAGAAGGUGCGCACCUUCCUGGCCAAGUCCAUACCGUUCCCACAGCGACUGGGCGAGCCCAGUGAGUACGCCCACCUGGUGCAGGCCAUCUUCGAGAACCCGCUGCUCAACGGCGAGGUCAUCCGCAUCGAUGGCGCCCUGCGCAUGCAGCCCUAAAUCUUCCCAUUGAGAAGCAUCAUCCAGCAGUGGCUCGAUCAGUUUGCAUUUAUCUAUUGUCUAGUGGUUAAGCUGAAAAGUUCUAUUACCUGUACCGAAAUUAUGUAAUAUUUGCUAUUAAAAACACACACCCACAUCUCACAAUUCAAA